AUGGCUCUUGUUUUGAGAAAAGAAUUACAUCAAGAACGUGGUCUUCAAAGACCGGGUGAUACUCAUUGGGGAUCACAUUUCAAAACAUUGGAUAACUUUCUUGUUAUUUUCUCAUCUAUUUUUCAUGUGCUUGAAGUGAUUGAAAUUGAAGGUUCUACCUCAAGUGAUAGAAAUCAAGCGGAAUAUCUUUUGAAAAAUGUCAAAACAUUCAAAUUUGUUUUUAUGCUUCACUUGAUGUUGAAAGUGUUGGCCAUGUCAAAUGAGUUGAGCAAGAUUCUACAAAAAAAAGAUCAAGAUAUUGUUAAUGCCGUGGAGUUUCUUAACAUCUCAAAGAAAAUAUUGCAAAACAUGAGAGAGAAUGGGUGGGAAUCUUUGUUGAAUGAUGUUUCUUCAUUUUGUGAUUCACAUGAUAUCUUGAUUCCCAAAUUAGAUGAGCCUUAUUUUCCCAGAAAAUCAAAGCGUAAGUGUUUAGAUGUUUGUUAUUCGUACCACUUGCAUGUUGAAAUCUUUUGUGCGGUGAUUGAUGUGCAACUUCAAGAGCUUAAUGAGCGUUAUGAUGUAGUGAGUAGUGAUUUGCUUCUUGGGAUGGGUAGCUUGAAUCCUGUCAAUUCUUUCUCUAACUUUGACAAAGGUAGAAUCAUGACUUUAGCAAAGUGUUAUCCAAGUGAGUUUGAUGAUAGAAAGCUUCGAGAUUUGAAUUACCAACUUGAUAACUUCAUAAUUCAUAUGCGAGGUGGUAAUUCCAAGUUCUCCAACUCGCAAGGAAUUCGUGAUUUGGUAAAGGCAUUAGUUGAGGCAAAUCUUGUAGAAACUUAUUCACUUAUUUAUUUACUUCUGAAGUUGACUUUGAUUUUACAAGUCGCUACGACAACUGUUGAGAGAGCAUUCUCUUCCAUGAAGCACAUAAAAAAUAAAGUGUGA